CCACUGUGAUGACGAAUAUCGUAGUCGAUUAGAGUACAGACCACGAUACACCAUUUUCGCCAAUUUAUUAUUCUCUAUUUUAUUUUGAUUAAACGCUUCCUGAUUCUAACAUAAGAAAGAAUCAUAUUUAUUUAAAUUGACAUCACAGUGGUCAAAAUGCCGUGGACUCACGAGGUGCAGCCGAGUGAAUCCGCAGUAAAUUUGACUACUGUGAUGACGAAUACCGUCGUCGAUACCAGACCACGCUACACCAAUUUCGCCUAUGUAUUAUUCUCUAUUUUAUUUUGAUAAAAACGCUUCCUUCAGUAAUAAUUUCUGCUUUAUAUUUAGUGGUUGUACGCUUUAUUUAGCUGGAUUAUUCGUAUUUUAAAGCACAGUUAGUUGACAUUAACGAGUUUUGAGCCGAAUUCAUUAGAAUUAGAAGCGUUUUUUAUUUGACGAAAUUUUAGAUUCUAACACCUUUAAAAGCCAAGGUGUUCGUUACAGUAACCAAACGAGUGCUGCACAUUUCCUGCCCUUGCAUCGUAAUUAGCGUCAUUAUUAUUACAGCAGGUACCUCGGUAAUUUAUCUAAGAAAAGGCGAGACUUCAGGUCAAUUCCAUCUACAACAGAACUAUUGUUCUACGCAAGAAUACUUAACGUCACUAGCUGUGUUCUUCGUGAAAUCUUGUGGAUAAGUAUUGACUAGAUUCUGAAAAAUUGAGCUUUGAAAUUUUUACACCGCACUUUUUGGGUUCGGCCAGCUCCUCACCAGUCUAAGAAUGAUAAGGCAACUUCAACUACAACUUUUAAGAAUGAGUCAUUGCGAAAGGGCAAUAUUUUCCGUCGAGGAAAAAGGUGUUGAUUACGCAGAAAUUGAGCAGGUGUACUACAAUUGGAAGGUCUAAUUCGAUGCUCCAAACAGCUUAGCUGCGAUCAUUCUCCUCUUACGACAGCUUACCUCGAUAGGUUAUAUUUUAGUUCGUCAAAAGCGAUGGAAUAUCGACAGACUGCGAUUUAAGAGGACUUUGGUUAUUCAAGCAUAUGGGAGAAAAAAAGUAAAACUAUUAUUUUUUUUGGUUUUGGAGUAAAUUUAUCGUUAAACAAGCCGCUACAAUAAUCAUUAAGAGGUUUUAACUUCACAUAUCUGUAAGCUCACAGCUUUUAAAUGUUGACGUAUUCCAUAAGCUCUAAUAAAUGAUUCAGCAACUGGAUAACGCCAUCAGCCAAACUAAAUAGAGGAUUAACCUUUGCCCACGUUUCUUUCCUCAGAACACGCUGCAAUAUUGCAACAAAAAAAACCAAGUCAUGGACGGUAGGAGGACGCGGAACACGUUACCCAAAGAAAGCAAAACCUGUGAUGCGCCAGAGCCCAUCUCGAACACAAUAUUUUUAACUCUUACUGUAUCUGCUGCACUAUCAGCCAUAGUGGGGAACAUACUCAUCUGUAUGGCUGUGUAUAAAACCAAAACCCUAAGAACACCCGCCAACUAUCUUCUUGUCAGCCUCUCUGUAGCAAGCCUUUUGUUUGUUCCCGUGUUGGGGGGUUACUCCUUUUCUUUCACCAUCAAAGAAUGCGAUCCGAGGGCUAAAACCUUGUGCACGUGGUCUUCGAAAAUGGAUUGGAUUUUAUUCUGUGUUGUUAUGCUUCACUUGCUGUUCAUAUCGUUGGAUCGAUUGUUAGCCAUAAAACAACCCAUGAGGUCUGUGGUGCAAGAAGAAAUUCAAAUAUUGUUGUUUGGAUUGCUACUUUGACUUAGCACGCCAGAGAGUACUUUUAUUCCCACCGGUCCAACCGGGUAACUCGAGUCGGCGACUCAAAAACAGCCUUCCAGCUUAGGCACUGACAGAAGGGGGCACACUUUACAUUCUAUUCUAUGAUAAUUACGUGAAUGCAUUCUUGUCUCCACUGUGUAAAAUCUCUUUUCGUAUUUACUUCAAAUUUUCCGGGAUAGGAGUAGUUAAAAUAGAAUUUUGCGCACAUUCUCACCCUUUGAUCAUAAUUUAACCAUCAAAUUAAGCCCCCACGGUUGUUUCGUAUCCAGUCGUUUCGCACCCAAAUACAGUAAAUUCGUACCCAAAUUCGAGUCGGUUCGUACCCAAAUCGCUGAUCGAUUCAUACAUUUAAUCGAAAUACUCCACGCACAAGCGCGUGAACAGACGCCCAUCUAUGCCUACGACAAUUAAGUAGAGUCAAGCGAGUAAGAUACAAAACAAAAAAAAUUUUUGUGUAUAGCCUUGAUAUUCUUAACAAAAACAACUUAAUUAUUUCCUGGCGCAAGGUGAGUGUGAUAUUUUUAACAGGAAAGUCUAUUUUUCAUAUAUGACUUUUUCUUAACACGAACAACUCGUGUCAAACUAAUAUUUUUUUCCGUUUGUGAACGUCGAAAAUAUACUUUACUAGUUUGGGUGCGAAACGACCGGUAACCGAGUAGAUACGCCGGCGUGGCAUUGACGAUGGUGGAUCCAUUUCUUCCAUUUCUAGAACAGCUUAUUUUAGUGAUAGAACGCACCAGUGGAAAAUAUCCUUGUUAGUUAACUUAAUUUUCCAAGAUUAACUUCACAACCCUUCCUAGCCAAAAUGCGACAAGAAGCAGGCAAGUGAAAUCUGGCUUGGAGGCUACGAUUGAACGACAAUUCAACAAAGCCACUCCAAACCAAAAUGAUUGCUAAUUGGAGGAACAAACUGGAACUGCAAACUAUGUCUUUCAUGGUUAUUUCUCCUUUUCUCAACAGAUACCCUGUCUUGGUGACUACAACACGUUCGCUCGCUACAAUUACUGCCCUGUGGGUCGUGGGCAUCUUAGAAGGCGUAACACCGAACCUGAUCAAAGAAAUUAUAGGAAAGGAAGGCCACGCACUUCUGGAGCUAGCGUAUGGUUGCCCCCGAAGCAGCCUUAUUCCACGGGAAGCUCGCAUACAACCCAUAAUGCCUCAUUACCUUACUCUUUUGGCAAUAGUUAUCUUGGUGCCCAGCGGUAUCAUGCUAGUUUCACAUGCGUGGAUUUUCAUAAUCUCCUUUAGACAGUACAGACGAAUAAGAACACUAGAGGACGCUUUCUCGCGAAGGCAUGUCACUGAAUUGCGCGCCGCCAAGACCGUAGCUGUCAUCGUGUUUUCAGCGUUGGCUUGUUUCGUACCUGUUCUCGCUGUGACUCUCAUCACAACAUUUGAGCCGCCCAGCGGUAACUCACUGAACGCUGGUGAAAGGAUUGUUAAGUUCAGACUCUUUCCAAGUCUAAAAAUUCUGUACUUGUUAGCAAUAAGUUUGAACCCGUUAAUUUACGCUUUAAAAAGUGAGCCUUUCAGGCAAGCAAUCAAGAGGACAAUUCGACCACGUCGUGCAAUCUGUCGCCCAAACCCUCCAGGGAACAAGUUCAAUGAAGAGCUUGCUGUUCGAAAUUAGCUCCCAGUCUUCCAAAACAAUAAGCGAAUGAGGUCUACUGAGUUAGAAACCAAAUAUCUCACAAAGUCAGUAAGUAAC